GACUAUUGUGUUUUUCUGGAAUAACCGAUUCAAAGAUAAAGAUUCAUGAGGAUUUGAUUCGGUGUUUCAGGAUUGAAUUGGGGUGAGGUAGUUUAGUGACCUCUCCAGUUUGUUAAAUUCGGUCCUAGAUUAUGUUUGAGAACAAUAAUUUUGUUUAAUGUUCUUUUAACUGUUUCAGACAAUAUACCUGCUGGUAAAUCGGUAAUUUUCUAAAAAAUGACCGGAGUUAAUAUAUCCUCUACUUCUGGGAGUCCAAUAGAUGCUGCACUGGAAACCCUGUUUGUGCAAGAGAAAAUGUUAGCUGUAAGUGAAACUGAUGAAAACGCAACUAACAGUGGAGAAGAUGGGAUUGACUGGAAUAGUUUAUAUUUCUUGAUGAAAAAUGAAUCUGAACACCUUGAAUCGAAAAGGCUGAGUACUGCAGCUCAUUACACCCUUAUCAUCACUUACUCUACCUUCAUUGUUCUUGGCAUUGUCGGCAACAUAGCUAUAGUAUUAGCCUUCCUAACUAAUAAGGUGAUGCUAACAACAAGGAACAUCUUUAUCGCAAACUUGGCGGUGUCGGACAUCUUCUUGUGCGCCUUCACGAUGCCGUUAACCCUGAUCGACCUUGUCACUAAGUUCUGGACCCUCGGAGAAAAUCAGGGCGUUCUGUGUAAACUGAUCGGAACAACGCAAGCAUCCUGCAUAUUCUUCUCUUCUUUCUCUAUCCUACUCAUAGCAGUAGACAGGUACAGAUUCAUUGUACAAUCCAGUGAAAACCAAAUCUCAACCAAGCAGGCAUAUAUGUUGUCUGGUAUUGCUCUACUAACAUCUAUCUGUCUCUCCUCUCCUUUGUUCUACUUCACUAAACUUGAAGUUAUUGAAACACUUUUUUCGACAAGGACCUACUCCUACUGUUACGAAGCCUGGAGUUCUCAAUACCUAAGAUUAAUUUAUACUGUCAUCUGUUUUCUUACACAGUUCGUGAUACCUUCUGCUAUAGUGGGAUGGGGAUACUACAGGAUUUGCCAAACCUUGUCCCAAUCUUCCAUUCCCUCUACCCUGUCCACACACAGGAGGGCUCGUCAGAUGGCAAGAAGACGAAAGACCAACUUGAUGCUUGUGCUGGUCAGUGUGCUGUUCUUUAUAUCCUGGGCUCCUCUAAAUAUAUUCAACACUGUUCUUGAUGUAACCAGUCUAUUUAAAGACAAUAUUGACAUGGAGGGUCUCCUGGUUUGGUUUUCAGUAGUUCAUCUCUCCGCCAUGAGUUCAGCUUGUCUUAACCCUAUCCUCUACGGGUUCCUCAAUGAAAACUUCAAACAGAGUAUUCACACCAUUCUGACCAAAAUACCAUUCGUGAAAAAUAUUGUGAACACUUCCCAUCAUAGUCAGAACGGCCAAGUGAGCAGGGCUUCUAAUCCUUCUCCUCAUCAAACCGGGAUCAGAGGACGUAUCACUGCACUUAGAAGGAUAGCUUCAAUGAGGCCCCGAGUUCAGGAGAUGGACGUGCUAUCUCCAACCCAUCCAGGAGUAGGUGGUGUACCUAAACCCUGUAUCCUGGUCACCCCGGCAGCAGAGGGAGUCUCCAGUAAUGGUUCGGUCAACUUCAGCUCCCCUGAACAAGAGGGGACGGGGACAGAGUAUAUAACAACAUCUCUAUAAUUGUACUAUUAUAAUAAUAGAUCUUUAAUGUACUCCCCAGGAGGGGUCAGAGUAUUCAACAACAGUUCUAUAAUCUACUCCCCAGGUGGGGUCAGAGUAUACAACAGAUCUGUAAUCUACUCCCUAGAAGGGUUCAGAGUAUCCAGCAGUUCUAUAAUCUACUCCCCAGGAGGGGUCAGAGUAUACACCAGUUCUAUAAUCUACUCCCUAGGAGGAGUCAGAGUAUACAACAGCAGUUCUAUAAUAUACUCCCAUGAGGGGUCAGAGUAUACAACAGUUCUUUAAUUUACUCCCCAGGAGGGGUCAAAGUAUCCAACAGAUCUCAAUCUACUCCCCAGGAGGGGUCAGAGUAUUCAACAACACCCUAGUGGAAUCCCCCCUUAGAGGAGGUGUGCGACGUACGUACGUGAAAUACAUUUGUAAAGCCAACUGAUCAGUUCAUCUUAGAAAACUAAACCUCAAAGUUAUAAAUUUAAUGAAAAAAAACUAAAAUAUUUUCAUCCAAUUUAAAAAAGAUAAAAAAGUUGUUUUUGUCACGUGUUUGAUGAAUCUCCAUUUUUCAAGAGCUUUCCAAACAGUUUAAAUCUUAGCUCAAAUAAACAAAAAAUCAUCAGCUUCUUUUUUGUUAAUAAAAUAGAAUGCAGUACCGUAUAGCUUUCCAAAAGAAAUCUGUUAAUUUCCUUGAUUUCCUUAUUCUUAAAAAACAUUUUUAUUGUGAAUCCCAAAAUUGAUCGUGUAUUGUAAACUCCAGAUGAAAACUAAUAUUAGCUGUAAAGCUCUCUUCGUUUACCCACAAAGAAUGCGACUUCAAUACGCCAAUGAACGACUAUAUUAGGUGUUCUUUACAAUCUCAUGUUUUAUGGGUAACCCUUUAUGUUUCAAAGAGAGACUGAAUAAUACUCAUGUUCUACAGUGGGACCCAAAAAGCUGUAGAUUAGAAAGACGACAUUUAACCAAUUUUUUUAUGAAUUUGAUGUUGUUAUGAAGCAAAGAGUUAUACCAGUAGCCUGGCAACUAACUUAGUAAGUGAAAUGUAUCUGUUUGCGUUUCAUGCUCAUUGCACCAUUUAAAGCAAAGGUAUACAGGGUACCGUUGUGAAUCAGACAUGCCAUUACUUGGAUGGAGCCUGAAGGGUCAAUUUCAAUUACGUCUUGAGUCUCAAAACUCACAAAAACCUCUUUAAAUCAAAAUUUACAUUGCAAUAAAGUGCUCGAAAGUUUCUAAAUUAGUAAAUCUUUAAAGAAAUGUGUUGCUUAUUUAUACUAUAAGACUCUAUUUUUAAAAUUUAGUGCGCGCAUGAAAUAUAGUGAUAAUGAAAAAGCAUUUUUAGAAUGUAUAACUGUAUAACUUUCUCAUGGCUAGUAGAUCGUAUAUUUUUAUUUUCAAUGCUGUUAGCAUUUUCUUUUCCCAGUUUGUAAAUUACCAUUAUAUUCGAGCAUAAAAACUUACUGAGCGUAUGCUAUAUAUGUUUUAAAUCCCUCCAAAUAUAAGCAAAGAUUAUAAGCUUUAUGUAGAGGCUUAACUUAAACCAGUGGCCCGUGUUAUAAAAUGACAAAAGAACAUUGUAAGAAAUAUCUGUUGAAGGGAGUGUAAACGUUAGUUUAACAUUCGAUGCAAAAAUGGCAAUGUCAUAUUCACAACAGUUUCCUUGAAACCUUUAUCUGAUCAAUAAUGAGGAAAAUAUCGUCGUUUUUCUAGCUUUAGAUUUGUUAAUUCUGAUAGUUCCUUUCUAUUUCCUGCAGCAUAAAUUCCCUAGUCACUUAUGUAGAGAACCCACUAUUGAAAAUAAUCCGUUUUCAAAAAUUAUAUAAAAAUUGACAUUCAAUUCAAACUUGAGAAGACCGUUGGGAUUUGGGCAAUGCCAUCUUUUGCAUGGAGGGUCACCUAAAAUACGCUUACUUUCACUUGAAGUUUUAAAAUAAUUGUGAUAAAAAUGUAUAUGAUCUAAUCCGACCAAUGAUGAGAGGACAACUGUAAACAAAAACUUUAUCAUCGGAAUUUUGGUCCAAGUAAUUCUUAGCAUUAGACAAUUUAAGUAAAUGUAACCUUAUGCUACGUUAUUAAUGUACAGUGUACAUGUAAUUUGAAAUAUAAAAUGUAACCUUAUGUGACGUUAUUACUGUACAGUGUACA